CUUACCUCCAGGGCUGAAGCUAAUUAUUGCUUAUUCGGGCCCCCUCAGAUGAGGCUCACUUCCUUUGCCACUUCAGCUCCUUAAAGUCUUUAAUAUUGCCUGCUAAUCCUUCUCGCCCGAUUUUGUCUUUGAAUACAAUACAGAGACUGAGGCAGCAUGCGUGACACCGGAGGAGGUUUCAACGAAAGAGAGGCUAAGCGACCCAAGUACGAGCCAGGCCAGGAUUUGCUGCGAUCAUCAGCACUGAAGGCAUUUACCCAUACCGACUACACAGUGGGAUGGAUCUGUCCACUACAGAUAGAGCUUAUUGCAGCUCUCGAGAUGUUGGAUGAGGAGCAUGCAAAGCUGCCGCAGCAACCUGCGGACCACAACGUCUAUCAUUUGGGUAGUAUUUCAGGCCAUAAUGUCGUUAUUGCCGGGAUGUGGCAGGCUGGAAAUCCUACAGCCGCAACCGUCGUUGCACAGAUGCGAAUGACAUUUCCCAAUAUCCGAUUUGGCCUGCUGGUUGGCAUUGGAGAUGGCGUCCCCGUUGUGACAGAACAUGGGAUGAUUCGACUUGGCCAUGUGGUGGUCAGUAAGCCAACAGGGCAGUCAUCUGGUGCUAUCCAAUAUGACCGUGGAAAGGCGGAAGAUGGUAUAUUUGUGCGAACUGGCGCUUUAGCUCUGCCACCGCCAGUUCUCCUUCUGGCUGCAGAUUCCCUAGGCGCCCAGCGUGCUCGUUCAAGAGAAGACCCAUUGCUACAGAACAUCCAACGUAUUGACACCAGCCUCCCUGGGCUGCGCUGCUAUAAAUUCCCCGGCAACAACAAAGACUACCUUUUUCCGGCCGAAUACAAACAUCUUCGUCCUCGAACAUCAUGCGAGGCGGGUCAAUGUGACCUAUCCCAACAGAUUUUUCGGGAUGAAGACGAGAUAUAUGCGGCAGAUAAGUGGAUUACCGUUCAUCGAGGCACGAUCGCUUCUGGGGAGGUCGUACUCAAGGAUGCCGUGAAGCGAGAUCUUCUAGGCCAAGAAAGUGGAGUUCUAUGCUUUGAAAUGGAAGGUGCUGGCGCAUUAAGUGAUUUUCCAUGUCUUGUGAUCCGCGGCAUCUCAGACUACUGCGACUCGCAUAAGAAUGACGAGUGGCAUGGCUUUGCUUCAGCUGCCGCGGCUGCCUACGCGAGGCAGCUCUUUUUUCACAUGCCGAUAGACAAGAAGCUAAGUCUAGUACCUGUUGACGAUCCUGGGAUAAAGAGGAUAGUUGGAAGAAGCGAUGACGAGGAACGACACAAAAUUGUCGAAUGGAUUUCAUCAACCAAUUACACAACCUCCCAAGCUGACAUUCUGUCUCAAAGAUGUGAAGGAACUGGACAGUGGCUACUAGACGUACCCGAAUUUGGUGAUUGGGUAAAGAAGAAAGGAAUACUCUAUUGUCCUGGCAUUCCUGGAGCUGGAAAAACUACAUUGGUGUCUAUCGUCAUCAACCAUCUUCAAGAGAUCUUUGCCAAGAAUCAACAAGUCGUUGUUGCGUAUAUCUUCUGUGACUAUCGAGAACAAUCUAAGCAGAAGCUGAACAACAUACUUGGAGCGAUUUUGAAACAGCUUGUCCAGCCAAUGGAAACCCUCCCAGAUGAUUUGAACAUGUUAUACAAGUCUCAUCAAGCCACUGGAUCAACACUGCAGAGGAAUGAGCUGACCGAGCUACUCAUUUCAGUCGCAAAUUACUACUCUCGGGUUUAUCUUGUCAUCGACGCAUUAGAUGAAUGCCCAGACUCGGAUGGAACACGGAGUACAUUUAUAUCUCAUCUACUCAAACUUCAGAAAAACUGCAAUGUCAAUCUCCUCGCAACUUCAAGGUUCAUUCCAGAUAUAACGGCGAGGUUCGGACAUUUCCCUUCCGUGGAGGUCCGAGCUAGCGAUGCAGAUGUGGCGUUGUAUACAGAGGGGCGUAUACAUGAGUUCAACUGUGUGCGAAAAAACCCAGCACUUUCUAAGCUUGUUGUUUCAUCCAUUACCAAGACCUCUGAUGGAAUGUUCCUCCUCGCAAAGCUCUACUUGAAUUCCCUGAAAGGUGAACCCUCUGUCAAAUCGAUCAAAUCUGCUCUCAGCAGACUCCAAUCUGGGUCAGGAGCAUAUGAUAAUGCAUACCAAAAGGUUAUGGAGCGAAUUGAGCAUCAAAUUGCUGGACAGGCAAGUCUUGCUAAGAGAUUGUUAUCGUGGCUUACUUGUGCCCGGCGCUCCCUCACUUUGACAGAGCUUCAACAUGCUCUUGCUGUGGAGACUGAUCAGAGCUUUUUUGAUGAAGAGAAUCUUCCAGACAUUGAAGACAUGAUCUCUGUCUGCGCUGGCUUAGUGACCUAUAGCGAAGAAAGCCAUAUAAUUGCGCUGGUUCAUUACACGGCAAAAGAAUACUUUGAAAGAGAAUGGUCUUCCUGGUUUCCCCAUGCCCAGGGUAAUAUAGGUAGGAUAUGUGUGACCUAUCUCUGCUAUGACUCGUUUGAAUCUGGAUGUUGCGAGACAUUGGAAGAUUAUGAAGAGAGGUGUCGUCGAUAUCCUCUCUACAAUUAUGCCGCAUCGAACUGGGGUUUCCAUGCACAAAGGCAACGCCUUGAUCACGAGCUUGUUUUUCAAUUACUGGAAAAUGAUAAAAAGCGAGCAGCAUGUGCGCAAUCUCUGAUUUGGUCCGAUCAUACCUACGGGAUCGAGUUUUGGAAAAUCCCCAAAGAUACCACAGCGCUCCAGCUGACGGUCGAGUUGGGCCUUCUCUACGAAACAGAGUACCUACUAAAAAGUCACCAUGAUGUUAAUGUCCACUCAGAUUUCUUCGACACUCCGAUUAUAACGGCCAUUAGUAGUGGCAACGAAGACUUGGUACGCCUUUUGCUCCGCCACGGGGCGUGUCCUGGCGAUAUGAGUGAUUUUGGAGCAACUUUGGUCUCCAUUUCAGCAAGCAUGGGUCAUGAGGCUCUCCUCGGCCUCGCCCUCGAACUGGGUGUAGAUCCCGAACUUGGUGACAGGAAUGACCGCAGCCCUCUCUCAUAUGCAGCGGAAAAUGGCCACGUCAAAGCCGCUAAGAUGCUGUUAGAUGCAAAAGCAGAUAUCGAAAGAAAGGAUAAAUGGAAUGGUAGGACACCCUUGGCCUGGGCAGCUGCCAACGGCCAACAGGCUGUUGUCCGUCUGUUACUUGAAGCAGGUGCUCGACCUGAUACUAAGACCACCGGAAGUGCGAUAUAUCACGUCGCGCGGACACCUCUUUCUCUCGCUGCCCAAAACGGAAAGAGAGAAGUCGUGGAGCUAUUACUGGAAAAAAAUGUUGAUCCAGACGAACCCGAUGCCAACGGUCGAACGCCACUUUCGUGGGCUGCCGGGGAGGGCCAUCUAGAUAUAGUCCGAGAUCUCCUCGCCGCGGGUGCAAAUAUAGAUCGAAUGGAUGCACCGAAAGAUGGGUUGCUGUGUUUUGGUCGUACGCCGCUGGGAUGGGCAACGCGCUCGUCCCAACAAGCUGUCGUUGAGCUUUUGCUGGAAAAGGGGGCGAAUCCUAAUUCAUUUACUGAGGAGUCACCAUUAUCAACUGCUGUCCAAUCAAAAGAUGCGCAGUUGGUUGAGCUGUUACUCAGAUAUGGAGCAGAUCCCAACCCAAAUAAUCGUCUGCGUCAUUCAGACAUUCUUGGAUAUGCCAUUCUUGUCAAGGACAGAAGGAUGCUAAGAUCUCUGGUGAGAUAUGGGGCCCAACCUGAAGCUACUACGACUCGUGAUGAUGCAUUAUCAUGGGCGGCUAGGAAAGGUCAUACCUUGUUUGUCGAAAUGCUUCUAGAAGAGGGUGCUGAUAUCAAUACGAGAGACCCACAAAGUGGAGAUACUCCCCUAUCAUAUGCUGUGAUAAACAAACACGAGGAAGUCGCUGCACUCCUAAUCGAGAAGGGAGCUGGUGUUGAUGUCCAAGAUUGGAAUAACCAAACAGCAUUGUCAAAGGCAGCAAAACGAGGAACCACAAACGUGGUCACGCUCCUGCUUGAGAGAGGCGCAAAUAUCGGAUCCAGAGAUAACUUCGGCCAGACACCACUUUUUCAUGCCCUCGAGCAUGGGAACGAGAGAGUCGUUGAGCUUCUACUCGAGAAAGACCCUACUCUAUUCCACAGCCGCGAUGAGGUUGGCCGUAGUGCUCUCUUGAUUGCUACAGAGAAUCGACUGGAGGCAGUCCUGCGGCUUACUAGAGAGACCCAAGAGCAUUCCGAGAUACUUACUAGGGAGCUGGGAGCCGUUCUCCGCACCAUAUCCUCGCCACAAUACGAUCUAACGCAGAGCAAGAGCAGGAAAUUAUUUCUAUGGGCGGCUAAAUAUGGUCACAUGGAGGUGAUUGAAUUUCUAGCGGGAAAAGGCAUCAGUUACGUCUGCGAAGAUGAGUUUGGAACAACAUCUUUAAAUUUGGCUGUCAGAAACAGCCAAGCUGCUGUGAUCGAAUUUUUACUGAAGGAAGGUAUUCAGCUAAAUACGGUAGAUGGUUCAGGCUACGCUCCGCUUUCAUGGGCUUUUAUCGACAAUAAUGAUACCAUCGCUUGCUUUCUAUUGUCAAAAGGUGCAGACCCUCAUAAACCCGUCAAAAUUAGACCAAGUCUGAAUGCCGGGCGUCUGAAUUCCCCUUUAUUCUUGGCUGUCAGACGAGGAUUCGAAAGAACUGUUAAACUCCUUCUGCAAAUGGGGGCCGAUCCAAACUCGUCUAUCACCGUUGGGUCACAGUUUGAUGUAUUGUCUCUGGCACAAUGUAUCCCUGGGAGUGUCUUAUCCACUGCUGUAGGCAAUGGAAACUACAGCAUCGUCGAGGCGCUCUUAGAUCGCGGUAUCGAUAAUGGUCUCUGUCAUGAUAGCCUUAUCUUGGCAAUGCAGUUCCGCGAUACGCCGCUUGUUUCUCUCAUCAUGCGAAAGGGAAUUCGGGAAAAUUGGCUAAUUGAAGAAUAUGGACAAUCUGUCUUGUUCUGUGCAGUAUUUUUUGGUCAUAUUGAUGUGGUGCAAAGCCUGCUGGAUGCAGGCAUGGACGCCAAUACGCGGCCCACAAAGCGUUCUAUUGACUUUCCCCGAAGAAAUAGAAGGAGGGGGCAGCAUUGGGAGCAGCGUGCGGGUGGAAAUGUCACUCCAUUGCGGUUUGCUGCGCAGGAGGGUCACGAGGCGGUCGUUAGAGCCCUUCUGGACAAGAAAGCGGACCUGGAUGUCGGAUCACCAUUGCAGUGUGCAAUCGAUCAUGGCCAUGCAACAGUGGUCGAGCUCUUGUUGCAACAUGGAGCGAGGAUGGAUAUUCAAGAUCGUGGCUCUCUUCUCUUGCAAGCCGCCCGAAAAGGUCAUCAUGACUUGCUCAAAUUUUUACUCAGAAAGGGUCUCCAUUCGGAGUCAGAAGCCUCUAAUAAAGGGUGCUUAGUCCUUGAAGCGGCCUCAAACAAGCAUAUUGAUGUCGUUCGUGUUCUCCUUGAAGAGGGGAUAGAUCCAAAUUCCGUCGAUAAGAUCGGUCGAAAUGGGUUGAUAUUGGCAGCAGAAAAAGGACGACCCGACAUCGUGGAUAUUUUGCUUGAUUACGGUGUUAGUGCGAAAUCUGCAGAUUAUCUUGGACGCACUCCGUUGUUCCUCGCAGCAGUGACACGGAAUGUUCCUGUUGUUAAAACUCUUCUUGAAAAAGGAAAUGCGGAUCCGCAAAGCACGACAUGUGCUGGACGUUCCCCCCUGUCCGUGGCCCAUGAUUUCAAGUUUCACGAAUUGAUUUGGCUUCUAAACGGAAAGAAAAACGGGAGUUCCUGUCCUGAAGAGCACAAUUUAGGUACACCUGUUGAUAAUUACUGGAUCUGCGAUACUUGUGAACGCCCUCUCUCUGAGAUGGAGUGUUUUUCCCGCUGUUCAAUUUGUCAAAACUGCGAGUACGAAAGUCCAUUGCAUGUAUGCAUGGAGUGUGUUGCUGGGCAGUUAGGCUGCUAUGAUAAGUUACAUACCUUGGAGAGAGUGGUUUUAAUUGAGGGUAGACCGAUUACCAUUGACAAAACUUCCAGGUGGCGCCAGCAUACAUUGCCGUUUCACCCUGCUCCUAAUCUGCCACUAUAAAAUCAGUCUGGAUUAGCCUCCUUUGAAUAUAUCGCGACUAUGUAGUACUUGAACAAACUUAUGGCUCUCUGUUUCUACUCUCAGAAGACUAUACACCUAGAUAAACCAGACAGGCUCUUUUGAUGCAGGUUUAUAUAGCAUCGCUUCUACUUCGUAAGCCUCAAACUGCCCCCUUUGUAGCCUGAUCGUUACCCUCAGUCAUCAUUACUUCUAUGGUCGAGGCAUUUGCCCCUAUUUACCUCGAAGGAAAGAGUAUUUAUCGACCAUUUAUAAAAGGCUUUCAAAGCAAGAAAUUGGCUUAUAGCUCUUCCUAAGAGACUACGUGGAUGAUCAACUCAAUUAAAGCAAGGUUUCAAGAGAUCUAAUCGAGAAGCAAAGAGCUACUUGAACAGUCAC